AGAGGACUUAGAGUAGUGAUGAUGUCUGGUGAAAUCGUCUACUCCGAUGUUACAUUCACUCGGCAUCAGAACCAAGAUGCUGGAGCAGAAAGUGAAGUUUCUAAAGGUGAAUCUCUCCUCCUCUUUAUUCUCUCUCAUUUAUAUCAUUAUAUUAGUUUUCAAACAUACGUUUACAAUACAACAUUUCAUCACCUUGGGGGCGAGGGUUGAAAUGUCAUAAUUCAACAAGGAGUUAGUAACAGAAGAAGGCUGUAUAUACUGAGUGUGUAAAACAUGAAGAACACCUGCUCUUUCCAUUACAUACACUGACCAAGUGAAACCAGGUGAACGCUGUGAUCAAUUAUUGAUAUCAAAUGUUAAAUCACUGUAGGAGACGAGUUAAAGAAGGAUUUUUACCCCUUGAGACAAUCGAGACAUGGAUUGUGUACGUGUGCCAUUCAGAGGGUGAAUGGGCAAGACAAAAGAUUUGAACGGGGUAUGGUUGUAGUUGCCAGGCGCACCGGUUUGUGUCAAGAACUGCAACACUGCUGGGGUUUUUACACUCAACAGUUCCUCGUGUGCAUCAACAAUAAUGAUCCACCACCAAAAGGACAUCCAGCCAACUUGACACAACUGUGGGAAGCAUUGGAGUCAACAUCGGCCAGCAUCCCUGUGCAAUGCUUUCGACACCUUGAAAGGCCUCUGUAUGUAUAAAAAUUAUAUUAUAAUAAUUUGAUAAAAUAUUGAAUUUGGCCUUUACUACUAUAGCCCAUAGAAACACAUUGAAAAACACAUUCAAAAUGGCAAAAAAAAAGACAGUCAAAGAACAAAUCAUAAGGAAUAUUUUUAUUUAAUUGUCACGUUCGUUUAAGGACGGGUCAGACCAAGGCGCAGCGUGAAAUGCAUACAUGUUUAUUUUAAAGAUAAACACACAAACAAAACAAUGUAACGUGAAGUCCACAGGCUAAACACAACACAAGCCUCUACACGGAACAAGAUCCCACAACAACUGAAUGCAAACAGGCUGCCUAAGUAUGAUCCCCAAUCAGAGACAACGAGCGACAGCUGUCUCUGAUUGGGAAUCACACCCGGCCAAACAUAGAAAUACAACACCUAGACUGAGAACAUAGAAAAUACAACAUAGAAAUCCACACCCUGCCCCAACAUCCUAGAGUCCCAUACGUCAGGGUGUGACAGUAUCCCUCCCCCCCAAAGGUGCAGACUCCGACCGCACAAACCUUACAUAACAGGGUAGGGUCCGGGUGGGCAUUCCACCUCGGAGGCGGAUCCGGCUCCGGGCGUGACGACCACAUUCUCUCAGCCUCCCCGUUACGCCCCUGGUCUGGUCUGGACCUCGGCACGCUGCUUCCCCUCUCCUUCCUCCCACGAUGCACCAAGCCCUGUCUGGACCCUGGUGUGGGAGACCCCGAACCUGGAGAGGGACUGACAUCUGGGUCUGGACUGGAGCCGCUGACCGGAGUUGGACUGGGCACCGGUGGAGCGAACUGCUCUGGCUCCGGACUGGAGCCGCUGACCGGAGCUGGACUGGGCACCGGUGGAGCGCACUGCUCUGGCUCCGGAGUGGAGCUGCUGACCGGAGCUGGACUGGAUCCUGGUGGAGCGGACUGCUCUGGCUCCGGAGUGGAGCAGCUUACCGGUGCCGGCACCGGUGGAACGGGCAUGGGCCGUGCCGGACUGGACACACGCACCACUGGCUUGGUGCGAGGAGCAGGCACGGGCCGGGCCGGACUGGCGACACGCACCACUGGCUUGGUGCGGGGAGCAGGCACGGGCCGGGCCGGACUGGGAACACGCACCACUGGUCUGGUGGGAGGAGCAGGAACGGGCCGGGCUGGACUGGAGACACACACCACAGGUCUGGUGCGAGGAGCAGGAACGGGCCGGGCUGGACUGGGGACACGCACCAUUGGCUUGGUGCGGGGAGCAGGCACGGGCCGGACCGGACUAGGAACACGCACCACUGGCUUGGUGCGAGGAGCAGGGACAGGCCUUACCGGACUGGGAACACGCACCACUGGCUUGGUGCGAGGAACAGGAACGGGCCGGACUGGGAACACACACCACUGGCUUGGUGCGGGGAGCAGGCACGGGUCGUACCGGACUGGGAACACGCACCACUGGCCUGGUGCGAGGAACAGGAACGGGCCAGGCCGGACUGGGGAGACACACCACAGGUCUGGUGCGGGGAGCAGGAAUGGGCCGGGCCACUCUGGAGACACGCACCAUUGGUUUGGUGCGAGGAGCAGAUACGGGCCGAACAGGACUGGUGAGGUGCACUGGAGACCAGGAGCGUUGAGCCGGCACUACCCGUCCUGGCUGGCUGCCCACUUUCACACGAUACGUGCAGGGCGCUGGCACAGAACGCACUGGGCUGUGCAUGCGCACUGGCGAUACAGUGCGUAUCUCUGCAUACUUGGGUUCCUCUAUUAACCCGCGCUCCUUAUGUUGCCUAACCAGCUCCUCUCUCCGUGAAUCUACUUCCUCCUUCUCCCUACGAGCCUCCUGCAGUGCCUCCUCUUGAAUGGAGCUCUCCCGCUCUAUUCUCGCUAUCAGCCCCCGUAAUGUGGUGGCCUCCUCUCUUACCCUGCAGAUCUGAUCCUUCUCUCUCUCUCGGCACUCCUCCUCCAGUGAGGACUCCUCCGGGAGCCCCCACGAGUUAGGGAACAGAAACUCAUCGUCGUCGUCGUCAUCCUCCGACUCCUCAGUAUAAAACUGUUCCCACUCUUCUUCCCCAUGGUCGUAGGGACUCAACCUGGAAACCCACCAGGUGCAGUGGUCGGGCUCUUCUCUCUCGCUCCCCGACCACUCCUUUAGCCCCCCCAAAAAAAUGUAUUGGGGCUGCCUCUCGGGCUUCCUCCUCGGCCGGCGCCUUCUGUGUUGCCGUUGCUCCUCUCCUGCCUGGGCUUCCUUCUUCGCCCAGGGUCCUUUCCCCGCAAAUAUCUCCUCCCAAGACCAAAUCUUCCCCACCUGUGUCCAGGGUGUUUGCUCCUGGGCACGCUGCUUGGUCCGUGUUUGGUGGGAUCUUCUGUCACGUUCGUUUAAGGACGGGUCAGACCAAAACUGUGUAAACCCAGGGGCUAGAGGGAAAAUAAGACAUAUUUUGGUUGGGAUCAAUAUGAGCUUUUCUGAAGUGUGUUUGUAACUGUACUUGAGGAUAAAUAUGAAUUAGUACUAUAUGUUUAACAUGUGGUAUUGUGUGAGUCACUGGGCAUCUCUUUUAGAAUGUACUAUAGCAUUAUUAUGUAAAGUGCAAAUGUCACGAUCGUCAAAGGAGGAGGACCAAUGCGCAGCGUUGAAGGUGAACAUAUUUAUUUCGAGAAUGAUCACACGAUCAAAACAACAGACGAAAACGUGAUGUCUACGGUUGAACACAAACCAAAUAAGAACAAGAACCACAAACAAUAAAUGCCUAACGGCUACCUAAGUAUGACUCCCAAUCAGAGACAACGAGCUACAGCCCUCUCUGAUUGGGAUUCACCCUGGCCAACAUAGAAAUACAACGACUAGAACAUAAACAAAUGAACACCCUGGCUCAACAUACGAGAGUCCCCAGAGCCAGGGCGUGACAGCAAAGUUUUUGUCCAUUUCCUUUUGAAUAUAUUCCAUAGGGCCUCAACAAUGGUACUCCAUAUAGAAUCCUGUUUUGAAGGAUAUGUACAGUAUUAGUGCAAUGUAAAGGGCAUGAGAAGAUGACAGUUCCAUGUAAAGUAGAUGUUAUUCGUCACACUCUGGACAUGUCUGUUGGAUUUCACACUGUGAACCAACUUCCAGACAGACAUACAGACAGACAGACAGCAUCAACCUGUAACAUUUGGUUCAUGGUCAAAAGUGUUUCCUCAUUUCUCUUGACAAUAAGUUAGCUUUUCUUCAGAUGUGCUGAAUUAGAAUAUUAGAUUGGUUAGUUACCCUAACAGUUAAUAAAAUGGUUUGCAUGUUGGACCUUCCAGUCAGGGGACUCUAACCUAGUAGAGCUCAAAGGAAAGAAUAUUGAGAUAGUGGAUUGUAAGAGAGGAACUAGAAUGGGACAUUUCUUAUAGAAUGUUGAGAUAGUGGAUCGUGAGAGAGGAAAUAGAAUGGUACAUUUCUAAUAGAAUGUUGAGAUAGUGGAUUGUGAGAGAGAGGAACUAAAAUGGUACAUUUCUAAUAGAAUGUUGAUACAGUUGAUUGUGAGAGAGAAACUAUACUGAACAAAAAUAUGAAUGCCACAAGCAACAAUUUAAAAGAUUUUACUGAGUUACAGUUCAUAUAAGGAAAUCAGUCAAUUGAAAUUAAUUAAUUAGGCUCUAAUCUACGGAUGUCACAUGACUGGGAAUACAGAUAUGCAUCUGUUGGUCAUAGAUACCUACAAAAAAAUGGGCCUUACAAUGACCUCAAGAUCUCGUUACGGAAUUUUUGUGCAUUCAAAUUGCAAAUCGAUAAAAUACAAUCGUGUACGUUGUCCGUAGUUUAUGACUGCCCAUACCAUAACCCCACCACCACCAUGGGGCACUCUGUUCACAACGUUGACAUCAGCAAACUGCUCACCCACACGACACCAUACACAAGGUCUGCGGUUGUGAGGCCAGUUGAACGGACUGCCAAAUUCUCUAAAACGACGUUUGAGGUGGCUUAUGGUAGAGAAAUGUAUCCGUGGCAUUGUGUUGUGUGACAAAACUGCACAUUUUAGAGUGGCCUUUAUUGUCCCCAGCACAAGGUGCACCUGUGUAAUGAUCAUGCUGUUUAAUCAGCUUCUUGAUAUCCCACACCUGUCAGGUGGAUGGAUUAUCUUGGCAAAGGAGAAAUUCUCACUAACAGGGAAGUGAACAUAUUUGUCUACAUAAUUUGAGAGCAAUAAGCUUUUUGUGCAAAUGGAACAUUUCUGGGAUCUUUUAUUUCAGCUCAUGAAACAUGAGACCAACACCUUAGAUGUUGCGUUUAUAUAUAUUUUCAGUGUAGACCGAUACAUUGCUAAUAUAAUAUUGAUAUAGUGGAUUCUUAGAGAGGUACUAGAAUGGUACAUUUCUAAUAGAAUGUUGAGAUAGUGGAAUGUGUGAGAGAAACUAGAAUGGUACAAUACUAAUAGAAUGUUGAGAUAGUGGAAUGUGUGAGAGAAACUAGAAUGGUACAAUACUAAUAGAAUGUUGCGAUAGUGGAAUGUGAGAGAGAAACUAGAAUUGUACAAUUCUAAUAGGGGUUAAUCACCAUGAGGUUGGUUUUAGGGAAAUAAUAUAAUCACGCAUGGGGUGCAAUAUAUAUAAAAUAAAUGAAAAAAAGAACAAUUUCUUUCUUCAUAUCUCUGUAACCAUAGGAGUAGCCGAACGUGAAGAGGAUGUCACAUACUCUGAGGUCAGAAAACCAGGAGGUAGAGCUAGAGAGCAGGAGGAUCCUGGGAAAGGUGAGGUGUGUGUGUGUUACAGUUAGCAAAGGUUUACAUUAAGUACCCCUUAUUUAACCUUAUGACCUUAUAACCUCUGACAUCCACUCCUUUUCCAGGAAGUGACCCUGACACUAGUGACCCCUCUCCCCCAGUGGGGUCAAAGGCUGCAAUCCCGGAGGGAGGGUCUGGGAGUGUUCACGUGGUGACCCUGGCGUGUCUCUGUGUUCUACUGCUGGGUCUGGCUAUCACUCUGGGAGUCCUCUGUGAGUAUAGAACCAUUUUACUGAACCCUGACCCUUUUACACUACUGAACCGAACUGGUUAUGCAUCCACUGUAGUUGUUGGCCUGGAACUCUGCUGAAAAGGACAAUGUGCAGAGAAAAUAUCCAAGCCACCCCAGACCAGUACAUUUCAGGUUGGUACGAUAGUGUGAUACACAAGAGAAGAACAAUUACCCUCCAUCUUGUCUCCUUGUCCCUGUUCCAGAUUCUUCCAACAUGACUAGUCUUCAAGCUGAGGAGGCUCGCUUUGCCCAGAUGAAAGAGAAUCUAACAGGUGAGAAUAUCAAUGAUCCAGAGGUCUUUACCAUUAUCAACCCCUUCUAUAAAUGUUUGAGAAAAUCCAUAUAAAUCAUUAAGGUGCAGUUUGUCAAUGGGGGACUGGCUCAGAUUCAAAUACUGCCGUUUCACUGUAAUAUAUGAAUAACAUAUUGUUUCAUUUUAAUAGGACUAUGGUUAGAUAAUAGGUAAUUCUAGCUUGGACAAGGUUUACUUUCUUACUUUAUUGUUAGAUAUGUAAAUAAAUGAAUGUUAUUCAUCCAUAUUAUUUGCUCUUUCAUAACAGGGAAACUGCAUGAACUGCAAGACAACUAUAAGAGACUACAGAAUGAGAGCCACAACAUAACAGGUAGGUAGUCUAGAGCAGGACUCUACUGACAUGGGACUGACUAGCUGCUGUUAUCCUAUUCAUAUCACAAUAUUGUCAUAACAUAUCUGUAAUUAUUGAAGUGCUUUUAAAGGCUGGUCAUGACACACAUUAACACCAUCAUCCCAGACAGCCUAGACCCACACCAAUUCACAUGCACUACAGAUCCACAGAUGAAGCAAUCUCAAUUGCACUUCACACUGCCCUCUCCCACCUGGACAAGAGGUGAAAUAACUAUGUGAGAAUGCUGUACAUAGACUACAGCUCAGCGUUCAACACCAUAGUCCCCUCCAAUAUCAUUACCAAGCUAAGGACCCUGGGACUGAACACCUCCCUCUGCAACUGGAUCCUGGACUUCCUGACAGGCCGGCCCCAGGUGGUGAGGGUAGGCAACAACACCUCCACCACGCUGACCCUCAACACGGGGGCCCCUCAGGGGUGUGUGCUUAGUCCCCUCCUGUACUCCCUGUUCACCCACGACUGACCCACAUUCACAUACACUACAUACACACACACACACAAACAUAACACACAGACGCAGACCGACACAACAAAAACACACAUACAUACACAUUACACACACACACUUUUAUACUCAUAAUUUGCUGCUGCUGCUACUCUGUUCUUUAUUUUACUCUUAUUAUUAUCUAUCCUGAUGCCUAGUCACUUUACCCUGCCUUCAUGUACAUAUCUACCUCAAAUACCUCAGCAUAUUAAUCUGAUACUCGUACUCCCUGUAUAUAGCUCCAUUCUUUUGUAUUUUAUUUUAUUCCUCUUGUGUUACUAUUUUGUUUUUAUUUUAAACUCUGCAUUUUAGGGAAGGGCUCAUAAGCAAGAAUUUCACGGUAAAGUCUACACCAGUUGUAUUCGGCGUGAAAAAUAAUACUUGUUUGAUUUGACAUACUAAUGUAAAGGGGAAGUUGAACCCAAUUUAACUAAAACUUCUCAUUUCAAUACAAAGUUCCAUGUUAUCAAGAUUAGGAUUACAUUUACACUGCAGUAGUAUUGCUUCCCCAAAACAUGUUUGAAUAUUGUAUAUGCUAUCAUUGCACUGUAUAUGAGGAAGGAGAGGGGUUUUUCUUGACCAGGGAAAAGUCCUGCCCUAAUGGAAACUUAGUCAUAUGAGUGUGGUGAAGUGCGUUGGAACGUCAUUUUGUACUUCAAAUGUUUUAUGCGCCAAAUGCAUACCUUUGUAUUAUGGCCUAAAUUCAACAGUUAUUUUAUAAUAAAGAAAAAUAUAUUUACAAAAUAAUAUAUAUAUAUAUUUACAAAAAAUAUGAGGGAUUGGAAAUGAUGCAGACAAUUACAUUGAUAGAAUCCACACUCUAUCUACAACAUUAAAGCUGAUUUGCCCCCUAAAACAAUUUAUACAAUAAAUAAACAGUUAUUUUGUAGGUCACUCUUUCAUUUGCCAAAUGCCCUACAUUAUGGCUCGAAUUCAAGAGAAUUACACUGUCUUCUAAUAAGAUAUCAAUCUCUUCUGUUCUUAGUCCAGAGAGAGCUGUUAUUCUCAGAGCUUCAAGACUGUAAGGCCAACCUGACUAGGGUCAAAGAUCUCCUGGCAACCAUCCAAGGUUAG